AGUGAAUGAAGGAUCUUAAUGCAGAUGCGCUAUCGUUUUCCUCUUGGGCCGGUAAAGCUUCGGAAAUGCGAAGCAUGGCGUGAGUAGAUUUUAGAAAGAUCUCUUUUUGAGUUGACUUUUGGUCUUGUCUCCGCGCACAAAUUUUCGCAGAUCACAAAUCGCGAGAAGAUCGACUAGAUCUAGUCCUACGCUUCGAAAAUCGAUCGUUUUGCGGAUGGAGAAUUUUCAACCAAAUGCUUUUUCGUGUCGAGAUCGUCCGAGCCAUCUAUAAAACCAUGCUGAAAUCGAAAAUGUUUAUCGAACGCACGAAAUCGAAAAAAUCUUUCUACUCGAAUCCAGGCCUGGUAGAAUUAGUAGUAGGUUUGGUUAUGGUCGUCCUUCUGCAGCGAUAUUGUGCACAUCAUAUUUAGCCUCACGCUAACCCACGACCGUAUUUGAUAUCUAGUCACUUCUGUACAGAUUUUCAUUUUUCUUUUGCGACAAUUAUUGAUUUUGGUUCUACUGGCGAUCGAAGGCACUUUCGCUGUUACUGCUAAGUUUUCCCGUUUGAAAUAAAGGCGAAAAUGGCGUCGUCAUCUGGGAGUACGAGAAAGAAGAUCGAACCGAUGGAGCUACCUGAUUGCAAAUUCCUGAUCGUGACCGGUGGUACCGUGUCCGGCCUCGGAAAGGGAACGGCAAUUUCCUCCUUGGGUGUGGUACUCAAGUCGCACGGGCUCAAUGUCACCGCGAUGAAAAUCGACCCAUAUCUCAAUGUGGACGCAGGUGAGAAAGCGGCUUUCUAAUUUGGUUUUGUACCUGUUUGAUGUGGUGUAGCAGUCGGCUUUUUUUUGAUUUUUUCCCCUUUGAUCUUCGUCAGAAACGAAGAAGUCCACUUCGAAAUGGAUUAUCAUUAUCCCUUAUCGUUGCAACAAAACGAACAGGCACCAUGUCGCCGUUUGAGCACGGCGAGGUUUUUGUCCUCGAUGACGGUGGUGAGGCCGAUCUGGACUUGGGAAAUUACGAACGAUUUUUGGAUUUGUCUCUGGAAUCCGUUCACUCUUUAACGUCGGGUAAAGUCUACCAGAAAGUCCUGAGAAGGGAACGAGCGGGCGACUUUCUUGGGAAGACCGUGCAGAUGGUGCCGCACGUCACUGACGAGAUUCAGGUACGUGGGAGAUAAUUUGUUCUGAUUUCGUGUUGACCUUUUGUCAAGAUUUUUGCAUAUGCGAAUAAAAAUUCAUCAACACGCUUGGGAAUGAUCCCUCGAAGUGAGGUAGAACGGCUACAGAUCCAGUAUCCUUUCCACGAUACUUAUGUUUCUGAUUACAACACCAGGCCUGGAUCAUGGAAGUAGCGCGCAUGCCGACUGCACGAACGGGCAAGAAGCCGGACGUCUGCUUGAUUGAGCUCGGUGGCACCGUCGGAGACAUUGAGUCCGCUGUCUACCUGGAAGCUCUCCAGCAGCUGCAGUUUAAGCUCGGGCCGGGGAACUUCCUGACCAUACAUUUGGGCUGGGUGCCGUACCAGGGAACCACCGGGGAGCAGAAGACCAAGCCGUGCCAGCACAGUGUGAAGGUGAUGCGCGAAGCCGGUCUGAAGCCGGACCUCCUCUGCUGCCGGUCGAAGGAAGCCAUCCUCCCGGAAAUCCGGCAGAAGCUGAGCCUGUUCUGUCAGGUGAAGCCGGAGGAGGUCAUUAGUCUGCACGACGUCUCCAACAUUUUCCACGUGCCGAUCUUGAUGGUCAAGCAGCGACUCGGCGACCUGGUGUGCGAGAAGCUGGGCCUCAGCGACAAAAUCAGCAUUAAGGCACCGGUGCUGGGCGGCGUGGAAUAUCAGGGAGGACGUACUGCAAUUUACUGGAUUUCAUAUACUAACGCUUUUUGAAUCUUAGUGAAAAAAUUUUGUGGUAGCAAAAAGACGCCUUUUGCACUAAAUAUCGCGGUUUGAUGUUUUCACUUUCCUGACACCGCUACUAACUUUCUAGGGUUGAAAGGCACAAACAUUUUAUCCAAAAUGAAUCUCAUCAAAUCAGUGGACCCGCUGGAAUCUCGUCUCGGGGACUGGGCCGGUCUUGCCGGGCGCGUGGACCAGCUGAAGCGACCACUGAAGAUCGGUAUUAUCGGGAAGUACACGGGCCUAACGGACAGCUACAUGUCAGUGGUAAAAAGUUUGAUGCACGCCUGUAUCGAAGCCGGUGUCUUGAUGCAGAUCGAGUGGAUCGAAUCCGCUAACCUGGAGGGCAACACGCUCACCGAUAACAAGGAGAAAUACGAGGAGAGUUGGGCCAAGCUGAAGUCCUGCGCAGGAAUCCUCGUGCCGGGAGCGUUCGGAAACCGCGGAAUCGAGGGAAAGAUCCUCGCCGCGAAGUACUGCCGGGAACACAAAGUGCCCUAUUUCGGUAUAAAAGAUUCGCUUAUUCAUUUUGGAUUUUCUGCGCAUAGUUUUAUUUGGGAGCGAAAAAUUCAGCGGAAGUAAAAAUCACGACAUCUGUGCGGAAAUCUGUACAUCUCUGUAUCAUUUUGUUUCAGGUAUAUGUGUUGGCUUGCAAGUCGCGACCAUCGAAGCGUGCCGUCACGUUUUGAACCUUGAAAGGGCAAACUCGACCGAAUUCGACGAAGCAACGCCGCAUCCAGCGGUCGUUUUCAUGCCGGAACAUUCCACCACCAUUAUGGGCGGCACUAUGCGCUUGGGCAGCAGAUGUACCAUUAUCAAGGAUCAAUCUUCUCUGGCGAGCAAAAUCUACGGUGGCGAGCCCGUCGUCUACGAACGACACCGCCACAGGUAUUUUCAAUAAAACAUUGAUGCUCCUAGUAGUGGUCGUUUUGUUUGCAUACUAUUCUACAUCCUCGUACUGCUUCUUUCGGCGAACGCUGUUGAAAUGUUGAACCGAACUCACCAUUCUGUGUGCUUCGAACUUUUCCAGGUAUGAGGUCAACACGGCUUACCGUCCAGCUCUGGAGGCCAAGGGCUUUUACUUCAGCGGACAGGACGAGCGGGGCGUGCGCAUGGAGAUCUGCGAGCACCAGGACCAUCCCUUCUUCGUGGGCGUUCAGUUCCACCCCGAGAUGAAAUCCCGACCCAACCGACCCAGCCCGGUCUUUCUGGCGUUUGUGUUGGCGUCCGAUGGUAGACUAGAGGAGCGACUCGAGCAGGGCAAAGGAAAGCUGGUGGUGGGUGCAGGCUUCCAAGAAUCCGUGCAAUCCGAACACGGUAGAAAUCCGGAGGAUCUGCAGCAGGAAGCGUCCAAGAGCUCGCAGGUGGGUGCAGAAGAUAAAAAAGAUUCCACUUUGAUCAUGGGUGCAUAAUUUUCGUUCAGUUUAUCUAGAACCUGCUGUGUAGAAGUGGUCCCAAGGUCGUGAUGACGCAGGGAAAUAAUGCAAUCUUCGCAAGAGCUAUUCGAGGUGGAUCCACAUACCUUGAAAAUUAAUGCUGUUUCACACAGCAUCUUCAUCUGUGGGCAGAUGUAGUCUGUGUCAAGCCAAAGAUUUGCUUGGCGCGAUGAAUUCUUCGCUACUUCCGUACACUAUUAGUUCUUGGAUUUGUUGGGUCGCAAGCCAGCAAGGCCGUGCCUAGCAGUACUUACACUAUGUGCCCUCUGUACGAAAAUUGAUGAUGAAUACAUAGAGCUGUACGUCGUCAUCGCAGCAUGAAACACUAAUACCCUUUCAUGUUGGAUGAGCGUACGUUUUUCCUUCCAGAUUAGCUGCAUGACUAGUCACAAUGACCAGAUUGAUUAGCUGUAAACCUGAGCCGCACGCCCUCGUGCUGAAUGAUUGUUGUAAAUUUGCGCAAACUGAAGAUUCUUCGACGUAAAUCUUGGUGCGAAAACGCGAUAGCAGUGUAAAAUAGAGUGCGGAUUCUAGCCAAGAACGCAGCUGUCAACAUCGUAGUUCGGCAGCACACUUGUGUUCCACUUGUCGUCUGUUGAGAGCGUGGUUCUAUCAAGGUUCUUUUGCGUCGAAAACUCUGAACUAGGUCCCUCCUAUGCCGGCGUCCGCGGCCCCCGGUUCUUUCGACAAUGAUCAUCGUUUCAUCUGCGUAGAGAAAGCCUCCUAUCCGACCAGCAGCCCGAGCCGCCAGCGAAGCUCGUCUACCAACGAGUACACUAUGCCCAUCGAGUAUGGAAGCGUCAGGAUUGAAAUCGUCAAAAUUGAAAUAAUUUGUAAUGCAUAAAAUGCAUGAGCAUGACGCGAGGCACGUGUGUUGCAGAGGAGGCAAGUGAGGCCGAUUGUAAGCCUGUUCGGGGUUAGAGCUCGAGCUGCUAAAGUAGCAUGAGAAAAUCAGUUUUCUUUGCCUAAACAGCAUGACAAACUGGAUUUAGGGACCGCCAAAAUUUGUCAUGUACCGCUCAGAAAUUGGGCUUCCAACUGCCAUCCAUUUUAUGCAUCACAAACUAUUUCAACUUUGACGAUUUCAAUCCUGACAGUUCCAUAUCGAGUCGCCCGCGACGUUUCACAAGAGCUCUUUCGGAUAUCGAAGGGAAAAAUCCCCCCUCCCCAUAUCGAAACGGUUUGUCUCCGAAAUGCUGAUUUGAGGUCACAAAUCGCAUUUGUCUUGCAAGAAGACAAGGGCAGAAGCUUCCUCCCCAUUAUGGAGUCGAUUUGUCAUGCUGUUGGGCCCAAAGGUGAGCCGUCUGUCAUGCUGAACAACUAGACCUAUACGCCCCUACCUAGCCUGGGGAUCUGGCCGCAAUGCCUUCCUGGAAUACAAAGCUGAUUUGUGUACACAAAUCCAGCAGCAGAAAUUCCGUUUUGAUAUGGGGAGGGGGGAUUUUUCCUUACGAUAUCGGAUCAGCGGUCAUCUCUCCGCCAGACUCGCCCUUGCCCAAUCGUAUGGGCGGCGUGGGGUUGACGCCAGAAAUGGUGGAGGAAGCUAUGUUGUCCUCAGCGAGUGCAAGCAAGGAGGUGGACAAGUCGGCAGGUUCCCCGCCUUUGCUGUCGCGAAAAAAGAGUGUAGAAAACAAGAUUUGAUGACCCCGAUAUUUUUUUGGGAAAGAUGAAGAUACAGUUACAGGGGUACUCCCGUUUGCAGCAAGACGGGUUCCAAUUUUCUCUUGUUGCUUUGACUUUUUCAAAAAUGCUCUCUCGUUGCUUGCACAGUGAGUCUGAUUUUUCGAUAUUAGCUUGCUCUUUAGUCGUUGCAGGAGAAAGGAUUUUGUUUCACACGCACAGGAGAUCGUACAUUCCAAGAAUGUGAGAUGCUCGGCGAAUGAACGGCAUUAUUGACAAGUCAAGAAAAGGAGUAUAAGAGAGUCUUUCAUGAU